AUGGACCGUAUCGCUUUUGGGCUCCUGAGUUUAUUUUUUCUCUUUUUCGAUUGGACACGUUAUGCUGCAGGAGAACCAGAAGCUCUCUCCUGCCCUGAAUACCAGGAGGCCUUUGAUGGCUCCUGCUACGAGUUUGCGGGUCUGCAGCGUCCUUUCCUGGGUGCUCAGAAAUGGUGCGAGAGGGGUGGAGGACAUUUAGCCUUCAUUCUUAAUGAUGAGAAGCAGCAGUUCCUUCAGCGGCAUCUCGAUCCAAAGAAGGAUUGGUGGCUUGGAUUGGCGCCCGCUGCUCCGAACCUCACUUUGGACACUGCUGCCACAGAGGGUGAGAGGGCAUUGUCACUGGCAUGGCUGGAUGGCUCAGAUAUCAGCUACAAUAACUGGGCGAACGAGCCCAAUACGCAAGCAGCUUGUGGACAUAUCCGCAAAAAAUCAGGCUUUCGGUGGGAAGCCUCGGAGAAUUGCAGUCAGGAACUGAACUUUAUCUGCCAGUUUGAUUCUAGGAAAUCAAUUGCCUGCGAAGGUCAAAAUGCCACUUUGCAAUGCGGCUCUGGUCAAGUCAUAGAAAUAAAUGACAGCUUCUACGGUCGAAAAACAAUUCACUAUUGCCGUACCAAACUCACGACCACACUGUCAACACCUGAGAAGGAGUGCACCUGGACAGAUGUCGCAGACUCGGUGAAAGACAGUUGCCAUGGACUGCAGGCCUGCCAAGCUCCAGCAGAUGCCAAAUCUUACGGUGAACCCUGCCCAUUGUUGGGAAGUUACUUGUCUGUGGCGUACCGCUGCAAAGAUGGACUCCACUUGCUGAUGACUAAAUUGGCAGCGGUGUUUGAUAAUGUCACGAUCAAUAUUAAGUGGCUUCUGCAACCUUAUGAGGGAAACCUCACAUGUGCUCUGAAUGCUGGAGAUGGCCACACUAUUGAUGCCAUCACCCCAGAAGAGACGGAGAGCACAGUGAUGCACACAUUCAAAACCCCUGGAGAUUUCAUGGUGACAGUGGAAUGUUCCACCAGCGACUGGCAUGUGACAGCUCAAAAAUCCAUAAGCAUUCAGGAGCCAGUUGGUCAGUUUGGAGAUAUCAAAUGCUAUAGCACCAACACGUCAGAAGAUGGCACUAACUGCACCCUGCUCUAUACUGGAGGGCCUGUUGAAGUUCAGGUCACAGUGGAGACCGGUACAAAUGUGAGUUACGUUCUUCAAUAUAAGGACUUUUUACUUGCAAAUUCCUCGGCUGACCAAGGGGUCACACCAUACAACAUUACACUGAAUGCAAGUGCAGUGGAACAGAUCGGGCAUGGGUGUCACAACCUGACUCUGAGCGCUUCCAACAGGGUUACUUCCCAAACAGUGUUUGCCCAAUUUGAGCUGUGUCUGCUGGAACUAGUUGAGGGGUUGCAGGCCUCUGUGAUAGCAGAUGAUGGUCAGUGUCCUGACUCCAGUGACAUGGUUAUUGGUGUCUCGCUGGAACAUGGAGCCCCUGCGCGGCUUCUCUUUACACUAACUGUCAACAAUGUCACACACUCUGAGACCAGAGAAAUGCUCAAUGGAAGCUUACAAAUGUACACCUUUGGCAGGCCAGUUGAAGGAUCAUUUAAACUGAAUGUGCAAGCUGUGAACGCUUUCUCGACCUCUGAUUUCAAUGUGAGCCUGGAAAGCCUAUUCCUUGCAUGUGAGAACUACUCCACAAAUGUGACUGCUGUUGAAUCUUAUGACCUGAAAGUAAUUUCCGCUCCAGACUCUGUGGUCGACUACACUCACAAUGUCACCCUCAGCAUUAAUGGAAGUGUGCCAUUGCCCACUAAAGGACUCAGAUUUGUGUGGAAAUGCAGUGGAGACUGCAAAUGCAACAACCAAACAAAUGACGAAACUCACGUGAUUGACAAACAGUGCCUUCCAAAGCCCUUUGAGAUAAGCUUUUACACUGUGACUGUGAAGAAAACAGCUUGGUUUAGAAAAUGGAGCCAACUAGUGUCUGCUUCCAAGUGCAUCGCUGUUGUUCCAAAAGAAUUUAAAAAUGUUACCAUGAGUUGUGAUAAUUGCACUUCAGUUAAUGUCAAUGACCCUGUAAAGUUGAGGCUGAGCUGUAUAGGACCUUGCCCAGAUGUGGAUUGGUACAUGGAGGAUCCAAAACCUAUAACUGGUGACCUUGAGACCUGUUACUCACAAGAAGGAAGAAGGCCACUGACGAAAAUGCAGGAGGGCAACUUAGAGUUUCUUGUUAACAGCCAGCAGCUGAGAUAUUCAAGGGACAAUCUGCUUAACAUCACAGUGAUAGCUCAAGGAAAAUCAGGGCUCGGUUUUGCCAGGUACACACUCCCUAUACCGGAUCCAGAGCCAACUCUAGCCCCUUCGUGCAGCAUCUUUCCACUAUCAGGCACUGUGCUGGACUCAUUCGAUAUCACCUGCCAGGCUAGUUCUUUAUGUUCUUCAGGCUGUCUUUAUUGCUUCAAGACAGACACAGGCAAACAUCUGCGUUGCAGCAAUUUAGAGUCUGUGAAAUCUAUCCUUUUGCCUGCUGGAGAUGAAAACAACAAUUACAAUUUGUCUAUUGUUGUGACUGUAAAAAAUGACAAUUCAGAAGCUACCACGACUGUCCACACUCAGGUACGGAAAAACAAUUCAAGUGCUUCUGUGGACACACUCCAGUCAGUUCUAGAAGAUACAGUUUCCCAGUUGGAGCAGGACGGUCUUCUCUCUGGCGAGGCCCUCGGCCAGAUUGUCACCUCUGUCGCUGACAUACUAAACACAGAGGCUGAUGAGGGUCAGAAGGAUGCAAGGACGAAGCUUAGAGAGCAGAUGCUGACCAAAAUGACCACUGUGCUCUUGGAUUCCCCAUCAAACACAAGUCUUGAAGUACAAGUGACAGCCAGAGCUGUGGCUGGACUUACACAGCGCUCAGAUGAGCUCAGUCCAGCUGCCCAGGAAGAAGCAAGCUCAUUGUUGGUUGACUUGAGCUCUUCCCUCAACACUAUCAGUGUUAAUCAGGAUGGUAGUGGUGGUGAUGAUGGAGAAGUUGUGGAUGGAGCUGCACCAAUAGUUGAAGCGGCCAGUAAUAUUUUGAACGCGUCGUCAAAUGAAAAAGUUUCCAAUUCCCUUCUGACUGGGAUAAGUAAUGUGCAGAAUGCCUUGUUGAAUCAUAAAAAGUUAAAUGGAGAUCCUAUCAUCAUUGAUUCCGAUCAGAUCAGUGUUUAUGUUAACAGGAUUUCUCCUGAAACCAUGCAUACACAGGAUAUAAACAUACAGAGGAGCAGCUCAUCUAGAUUUUCCUUUCCAACUCUUCCUGCUGAUGUUGUCUCGCCGGAUGAGCCUGUGGAUGUCCGAAUGAUGAGUUUUGAAAAGAACCCGUACUCGUGGACAGGUGGAAAUAUUUCAGGAACUGUGGGAUCAGUCUCUCUCACAAGAACUAAUGGCAAUGUCAUCCCUGUUAAGAAUUUGCCUGAAGAGAUCGAGAUUCUACUCCCCAGGCCAGACGUUGGGCAGGAGAACAGUACAGUCUUGGACCUGGCCAAUUACAGCACGUUAAUAAUUGACGUUCCCUCACCUGAUGUUACACUGGUCUUGAAAAUGGAGCCGUCUGAAAACAUUACUUUUGUGGUACUCCUGGGGUCCAAGAAUUAUCCAACAGCUGAAGAUUAUGUGGCCAAAAUUCAGAUGCCGCUUGAGAAUAUGAAAGAAGAGGAAAAAUAUACCUGGGUCGUGAGUCCUCAAGACAGAACAGGAGAUGUUGGUGCUCACUUUCUCGUCCUGAAACCCAAAGUAGAGCCAGGCAUCAAAUCUGUUAAUACCACAGUCAAUAUUGUAACCAUUGCCGCCCAGUGCAAAUAUUGGAAUGAAGAAGAGUCCUCCUGGAGUGAAGAUGGAUGCAGGGUAAAUGUGAAACACUGUUUCAUUAUCGUGACAUUUGAAAAACACAACCCUCACACCAAAAAUGGUUUUACUUUCUUGUUUCUACAGGUCGGCCCGCUCACCACACCUUUACUCACCCAGUGUCUGUGUAAUCACUUAACCUUUUUUGGCAGCUCUUUCUUUGUCAUGCCAAAUUUAGUGGACGUGUCCCGCACUGCAGAGCUUUUUGCCACUUUCUUCAAUAAUCCUGUUGUUGUGUGUUUUGUGGGUGCCAUUUUCUGUGCGUAUCUUCUGGUGGUUAUAUGGGCACGUAGAAAAGACAUACAGGACUCAGCCAAGGUCAAAAUAACAAUGCUUGAAGAUAAUGACCCAUUAGCAGAAUACUGCUAUAUGCUGACUAUUGGCACUGGGCAUCGUCAUGGUGCAUCCACCUCCUCCCAGGUGACGCUAACCCUGCUGGGAACAGAGGGGGAAAGCGAGCCCCACCACCUGACUGAUCUAGAAAAACCUCUGUUUGAAAGGGGCGCAGAUGACGUAUUUCUCUUGACCACGCACUUUUCCCUUGGAGAGCUGCAAAGCAUCAGACUGUGGCAUGACAACUCAGGCACACAUCCGGCAUGGUAUGUCAACAAAGUAAUAGUGCAAGAUCUUGAGACUGGUCAGAAGUGGCACUUUCUCUGUAACUCCUGGCUCGCUGUCGACGUGGGAGACUGCACCCUUGACAAGGUCUUCCCAGUGGCCACAGAGGAGGAUCUAAAGAGAUUUAGCAAUCUAUUCUUCAUGAAGACAGCUAAGGAUUUCCGUGAUGGACAUAUCUGGUUCUCUGUCAUCAGUCGACCUCCUUGCAGCACGUUCACUCGUGUGCAACGAGUGUCCUGCUGCUUUUCCUUACUGCUCUGCACCAUGUUGACAAGCAUCAUGUUUUGGGGCAUUCCCACAGAUCCUUCCGAGCAGACCAUGGAUUUGGGUCACAUCGAAUUCACCUGGCAACAGGUCAUGAUUGGUAUCCAAAGUUCUAUCAUCAUGUUUCCUAUCAAUCUCCUCAUUGUGAGCAUCUUCAGAAACACGCGUCCUCGGGAAAAAGUUGCAAAAUCAGACAAAACCAAACAGGGGAAGACUGUUCGAGUGUCUCCCUCUCAGGCCUCUUCUCCUCAGAAAGAACAGAAGGACAUAACACCAGACACGGUGCUGAAGGACAUAAAAAGAAUAGCCCAAUCACUGUCAAAGGCCAUGAAGAGUCCCUUGCCUCAUUUGGAUCUUCGACCUGGUCAACAGACUGACAUAAACACCCUUUUGUCUCUGGUAGAAGACAUUAUUAGGCAGCAAAACCGAACAUCCUCUGACUUUUACACUGAUACUGCCAAAAGAGAACGCUCAAUCCUCAGUCUUGGGGCAGUUGAUCUCCAAGAAAAGACUGUUUGGGGCAGUCCAGAAAAGAACUCAGAUGCUUUUCAAAAGAAGAGCAACAACAGCAGGUAUCUAUAUAGGCAGCUGCGUCACGUUGAGAAGAAGCUAGGUUUUCUGGGAUCCUCUCGAUUUCCGAACCCAGAGAGCUACAACAAAGCCAUGGAGCAAGUUCAGGGGAUGAAGAAUCUCCUGGAGUUUCACCUACCAUCCCCCAGCCUAGAUGGAGAACAAUCGGAGCGUAGUCCUAGUCCAGAAGAGAGUAUCAACAAGGGCUCUGCCAAGAAAUGCUGUCAAGGUGGGCUGCCGUGGUGGUUUGUCUUUAUAGGAUGGACAUUGGUGAUAGCAACCAGUGGUGUGUCCGGAUACUUUACCAUGAUGUAUGGACUGACCUAUGGAAAAGAUCGCUCAAUAAGCUGGCUGAUCUCCAUGGUGGUGUCCUUCUUUGAAAGUUUAUUCAUCACACAACCUCUUAAGGUUCUUGGCUUUGCUGCUUUCUUCGCUCUUGUUCUGAAAAAGGUCGAUCAAGAAGAAUACGGAGAACCUCAGAUCGAUGAGAGCCUCAAAAACUCUGAUGAUUCUGAUGGGGUACGAGCAGCACGGAGAGACAGCACGUGCAGUUUCUACCAGCCACCACCUCCAACAGACAUAGAGAAGAUGAGGAACAACAUGAUUAAAGAGCAGAAAGUAUUUGCUCUUGUUAGGGAGAUUCUUGCUUACAUGGGGUUUAUGUGGAUGUUGCUCCUGGUGGCGUAUGGGCAGAGGGAUCCCAACGCUUAUUUCCUGACCCAGCACAUACGCCAGAGCUUUAGCAAAGGCAUCGCUGACACUAUGAGUAUUCAAGAUGUGUUUAACUGGGCAAACACUACUCUGCUGACCAACUUGUUCGGAGAACAUCCAGGCUUUAUCACAGAUGGAAACUCAAAGCUGGUGGGUAACGCUCGCCUUCGCCAGUUAAGGGUACAGAAAAACUCUUGUCAUGUGGCACGUCGCCUGCAAGAUGCAGUGCAUGACUGCCAUGCGCUAUACUCAUGGGAGUCAGAGGACAUGGGCUCCUACAGUCCAGGCUGGAGUUCCUCUGCGGCGGAUAAUACAUCACAGAUCCAACCCAGUCCCUGGAAGUACCAGUCCCAGGGUAAAUUGAGGGCCUACCCCAUCUGGGGAAGCAUGGCACUAUACAGGGGUGGAGGCUUUGUACUUGAUCUUGGACCAGAUCAAGAAAAUUCCAGCAGAUCGCUCCAGUAUCUUUAUGAAAACCGUUGGUUUGAUGCAUACACGCAAGCGAUCUUUGUUGAGUUCACCGUAUACAACGCCAAUGUCAACCUCUUCUGCAUUGUCACGCUUAUGCUUGAGACCACAGCUAUAGGGGCUUUCCAGUUCCGUAGUGAGCUUCAAAAUGUUCGGCUCUACCAAUCAACCGGGGGUCUCCAUAUCUUCGUCAUGGCAUCUGAGGCUAUAUACUUUCUUUUCAUUCUUUAUUACAUGUUUGUUCAGGCAAAGCUGAUGAAGCAACAGAAAUGGGCUUAUUUCAAAAGUAAAUUGAACCUGCUGGAGCUGGCCAUCAUCCUUCUGAGUUGGAGCGCCUUGUCUGUCUUCAUCAAGAGGACUCUGCUGGGGAAGCGGGACAUGGAUUACUACCAGAACCAUAGAGACCAAUAUGCCAGUUUCCAUGAGACAGCCAAGGCUGAUGCAGUGCUAGGCUAUCUGAUUGCCUUCCUGGUGCUGCUGGCCACAGUCAAACUGUGGCACCUGCUGAGACUCAACCCGAAGCUGCACAUGAUCACUGCAACGCUCCAGCGAGCCUGGGCUGAUAUCUCUGGCUUCCUAGUGGUCAUCACCAUCAUGUUUCUGGCCUAUUCCAUUGCUUCAAACCUGAUGUAUGGGUGGAAGCUGUACUCCUAUCGCACUCUAUUUAACGCAGCCAAGACUAUGGUCAGCCUGCAGCUGGGCAUUUUUAACUAUGAUGAGAUUCUCAAUUACAACCCAGUCCUGGGUGCCUUCCUCAUCGGCUCCUGUAUUGUGUUUAUGACGUUUGUGGUGCUCAACCUCUUCAUCUCAGUCAUUCUUGUGGCGUUCAGUGAAGAACAGAUACAUCACAAGCCAUCGGAAGAGGAAGAAAUUGUGGACCUGAUGAUGAUGAAACUUUGCAGUCUGUUCGGCAUUAAAUGUAAGAGUAAGCAAGAGGAUGGCAGCCUGAUUGAGAAGACCGAACUUUCAUGUGCUUCAAAUAACGGGAUUUCCACAAUUUCUCCAGGGCAUGUUGACAAGGACUCUUAUGUUCUACUUUAG